UUUAUAGUAUACAAGCAUCCAGUAACACAUUGUUUACCAAAACUCGAGCACACCAGGUAUAUGUGUGGUGUAUAUAUAUCUCUCUAUAUAUUGCUACCUCUCUUAUUCAGGCAUUUACAUCUCUAGUGUGUAUCGAGUGUAUCUCUUGGAUUUACAGCUCCAAAUUUGUAAAAGAAAUGGUAUGUGACGGUGUAUUUUAUGAUUAUAUGUUUAUGCAUAUUAUUAUUUACACGAUGAGUUCUAUAGUUGAUGAAUGUAAUUUUGGAAAGCAGGCUAUAUUGGGUGGGCCAUGGGGUGGCCAAGACGGAUUUUAUUGGGAUGAUGGUGUGUACUCCACGAUAAGGCAAUUGGAGAUUUCCCAUGGAGCUGGUAUAGACUCGAUCAGAAUCGAGUACGACAUUGAUGGAAGAUCGUUUUGGUCAGAAAAGCAUGGUGGCAGUGGCGGUGAUAAAAUUGAUAAGGUGAGGCUUGAGUACCCAAAUGAGUUCCUAACUUCAGUGCAUGGACAUUAUGGUAAUUUGUACGAAUUGGGACCGGUUUUCGUUCGAUCGCUUACUUUUGACAGCAACAAAAGAACAUAUGGACCUUUUGGAGUUGAAAAGGGAACAUAUUUUACCUUCCCUAAAAUGCAUGGCAAGAUUGUCGGAUUUCUUGGAAAGUACGGCUGGUAUUUAAAUUCUCUCGGGUUUUACGUGGAGCCCCUUAAUAAACCUAAUAACACUCCUUCAAAUUACAUUCAUCAUCACUCUCAGCAAUAUAUUGCCCACGGUACAGACAAACCAUAUGAAUACUCGAUGAUCCAAGGAAGUCUUGGACCAAACUAUGAUCUCAUUUUUGCUAUAAGACAAAAAGACGAACAUCGCAAUAAUUCUCCACCAAUCAAUUUCUUCCCUCAGAUUUCUCAUGAAGCCAAAAAUCAGGUGAUAAACAUGGGCUCAGUUAGAGUACGAAAAUCGUGUUUUAAGAUUGUGCAGAAGCUGGUGAAGGAUCCAGUUCCAUACGGGCCGGGCCCGUGGGGCGGGGAAGGUGGGAAAGCUUGGGAUGAUGGAGUUUUCACCGGGAUUAAACAAAUCAUUCUGUCGAAAACGGAUGCAAUUUGUUGUGUAGAAAUCGAGUACGAUCGAAACGGGCAAUCCGUUUGGUCUGUCAAGCAUGGUGGCAGCGGUGGACAAAUCGCAAAUCGGGUGAAGUUAGAUUAUCCACACGAAGUAUUAACAUGCAUAAGUGGGUAUUAUGGUCCGAUCAAGAAAGAGCAGGGGACGAAGGUGAUUCAGUCGUUGACUUUUCACAGUAGCAGAAGGAAAUACGGUCCGUUUGGUGAAGAGUUGGGAACUUAUUUCGCCUCCGGCACGACAGAGGGGAAGGUGGUGGGGUUCCACGGGAGGAGCAGCAUGUAUCUGGACGCUAUUGGAGUACACAUGCAACAUUGGUUGGGGAAUCACAGAUAUUGGUCUAAGCCUGCAUCUUUGAUGAAAUUUUUCUCUUAAUUGAUGUUACUUAAUUAAGAAACUUUUAAUUAUAGAAAUAGCUCUUUAAUUGUAGAAUAAAGGUUUGUAAAAUACUAACAUUUGUGAAAUAUAAUAAGAAUGUGUGUAAUAGAAAUACCCGGGAGAAUAGUCUUUCCCUUUGUGUUUGAAAA